AUGGACUUCUCCGACAUCUUCCGUAUCGUCAACUUAGUUGUCGCAGUGUUGAUGGUCCUUGGGGGUAUUUUGCAGUUCUUCCCGAUUACCUUCCAAUCUGCGAUCAUUGGCGCCUAUGUGAUCAUCUUCGGUCUCGAAUUCCAGAUCCCGCCCCAAGUUGGCCGUUACGCGUCGUUCUUGUUCUCCUUCCUCGGCCGUGGUAUCUUCUACGUUUUCAUCGGCUGCAUCCUGCUCAACGACAAGGUUCUUCACAUUAUCGCUGGCUCUAUUGUCGGCUUGAUCGGUGUCGGCUACGUCGCCCUUGAGUUUGUUCCGUCCAUUGAGCCCCCGGCGAACAUGCGCGAGGCGGAUGCUGGUUGGGGCGCCGAGCAGGUCUAA